AUGGCAACAUGGAAAGAACAAUAUCUGGCAGCCUUGCAAGCCCGAGACAGCGUGGAAAAGGCCAACCUGCCGCUCUACGACUACUGCACCAAGCUGGCAGACGAGAGGGCCGAGUUGCAGAAAAAGGCCAGACUUGCUGAGAGGGCGUCGUCUUCUGAAAACACGCCUGCACCGGAGCCUGUCGCAUCUCCAGGAUGGGGCAUAAGGAGAGUCACCUCCCCAUCUGUUCAAGGGACCCGUCCGGACUCUCCUUCGGCAACAUCCGCCACCCUGGCCCAGUUAAGGCAAGACCUUUCCAAAGCCCAAACUGAGCGUGCGGACCUGCAAUCCCGCCUGGAUACCACACUCCGCGAGCUCGAGGCGCUGAAAGGAAAGUCCAAAGCCGACACCAAGCGCAUCACACAACUAAAUGCCUCCAUCUCCCAGCUGACUAUCAAGCUGAGAGACCGCGAUGAAGAAUUACGUGGCAAGGCAAAGUUGAUAGAGGAUGUUCAGGACGAAAACGUCACGCUGAAUUUAGAGCUCCACAUGGCCGAGGAAAAAGCGCAAAGGUUUGAGGAGGACAAUAAGGAACUCGUCGAGCGAUUGAUGGCGAUCAAGGGCAAGGAGGCCGACAUGAUGAACGAAGAGGGCAAGUUUGGAUGA